UCAAAAGCUACUUCUGUCUUUUUAGAAGCCAGCAGGAAUAGAGAUGGAAGCAAGUCUGACAGUGCGUACCAGCAGUUUUGGAACCUUUGACCGCUUCAAGAAACCUUCCAUUUCCAAACCAGAAGAGCUCAAUGAGAUGGGCGAUUCAGACAGUAUAUUUGAAGGAGGAGGACCACCAGACGGUGACAAGGCUUCCAAUCAUGCUGGAAGUCUGACUAAAAAGAUGAAAGCCAUAUCUCUGACUAUGAGGAAAAAGAUGGGCAAAAAAUACAUCAAGGCUCUGUCUGAGAGUGAAGAUGGAGAUGGGCAUUUUGCUAUGCGAGAUAGUGACCCUACAGGUGGGAACGCUGUUGAGAAGUGCACUUUGCGAGCCAGUGAAUCCGUGGAAAGUCUUUAUAGCCUAAACAGUGGUCAGAGUUCAUCAAGUGGUGUUACCAGUUGUUCUGAUGGGACUAGCAACAGAGACAGUUUCAGAUUUGAUGACGAUGUUCCUUAUACCGGACCGUUUUGUGGUCGAGCAAGAGUUCAUACUGACUUUACCCCUAGCCCUUAUGACACUGAUUCACUAAAAAUCAAGAAAGGAGACAUUAUAGACAUUAUUUAUAAAACACCAAUGGGCAUUUGGACAGGCAUGUUGAAUAAUAAAAUUGGGAAUUUCAAAUUUAUAUAUGUCGACAUCAUUUUCGAAGAGGAAACUCCUGCCCCAAGGAAGAUAGUGAGAAGGAAAAGUAAGCGGCCAAGGCCCAAAACAUUACAGGAACUUCUGGAACGGUUUAAUCUACAGGAAUACAUGUCUAGCCUGCUACUGAAUGGAUAUGAGACACUAGAAGAUCUGAAGGACAUAAAGGAAAGCCACCUGUGUGAGCUGAAUAUCACAAACCCUGAAGAAAGAAUGAGGUUACUGGUCGCCAUAGAGAACCUACAAGAUCCCGACUGUGGACAAGAGCCUGAUAAAGAAGCAGCAUCCCUGACACUGAGCCCUGACAUUUCCAAAAACAAAAGUGACCUCAACGACUGUCCUCGGGAUUCAGGAUGCUACAUCACAUUAGAUAACUCAGAAAACAGCAAAGAGGAUAUUGACUCAGAGAAAUUAUGUGAAGAUGUACAGAAAAUCAUCAUUACGGAGUCCCCCUAAUUAGUGGAAACCACCCGGACGAAAACCACCGCUU